UUUAUAUUCAAGGAAUUUACUAGUUUUAUUGAAUAAAUGAUCAAUCCCUUUUUUUGUAAUUAAAGCAAGCAUAUGAGAUUUAACACACUUGAAGCUUUUUAUAUUCGAAUUUGUAGCUUAAAAUUACGUAAUUAAAAUAAUAUUUUAUCAUGGUAUUGGUUGAUCAUAGGGCUAAUAACAAAGUAGUAUCUUUAAGUUAUCAUUUUGAUGUUCUGUUAUCACUAAUCGGGUAUUGAAGGCGAGUCAAAUAUUUAAAUUGCAUACAAUAAAGAUAAAAAUUUACUUUCCGAAGAUAAAUUUUUGAAUUUAUUACACAAAUAGUUGAAAUGUCUUCAGAUUAUUGUCGUAUUUGUUCAUUUAUUUUGCGUGAUUAUUUUGGUCAAGACGUUUCUGAAAUAGCAAAACCUUUACAAUGGGGUCAAAAAUCUUUUACAACUUUGUCAACAAUUUUAGCUGAAAAAUAUUCCAAGUGCAUGGUUCAAGAAACUCUUCUAGUGUUACUCCAGUUCGAUUUUAUAUCUGCUAUAUGUAAUGUUCAUUCAAUACAAAUAGAGUAUAAAUUAAAUAUGUAUAAUAUACUUUUGAUGCUAAGAUAUCCAAAAUAUGUAUCUAUAAUUAAAAGAAAAUUUAGUAGUAUUCAUACAGAACUUGUCCAAACCUUGCUUUGCAUUGGCAGAGCAUCAUUGUCGAAUAUUGUACUUACAUGUUUAAAAAUGCAUAAUAUACCAGAUGAUGCUUUUGAUAAAUAUUGGGAAAAAGGUGUUGAAUUAAUAAAAUAUGAAUAUUUCAAGAGAGUACCAACAUAUGUUGUGUGGACAGAAGUAAAACUAAACAAAAUGUUUACACCUCCUACAAAAAAUCAUAUUGAUGAAAAAAAGAUCCUCUAUGCACCAAAUUUUAAUAAAUUCCAUUUAGAUAUUAGAAAUAAAAUGAUUAUUGAUGCUGUUGUUAGGACAUUUGAUGAUACUAUUAUUGGAGAAGUCAUGAAAACUAUUUUAAGUCAAUGCAACGAUAAUUUGUCUCCAGUUUCAAACCCUAUUCCUUUACAGCUAAUUAGAAGUAAUUUAAAUGUGGGUAAUAAUUAUUUACUGGAAUAUAUAACUAUGAUUGAAGAAGAUCCUACCAAAUUUUUAUGUAAAUCAUAUGGGGCAAUGUGUAAUAUUACUGUAAAUUUCAAGCAAAUAAUUAAUUGCCUAAAUGAUUCAAUAAUUGAUCAAAUUGUAAGUUAUAAGUUUGGUGAGAGUUCUGCAAGACUUUUUAGAGCUACUAGGGCUAAUAAGCUUUUAGAGCUUGAACGUCUUCAACAAGCAGCUUUGAUACCAGACCGGGAAACUAAAACAUUAACAUCAGAAUUAUUUAUGAAUAAUUAUCUCCAAGUACAAGAAUUAAAAAAACCUAAUACGCGUAUUGGUAGAAAUGAUGGAAAGUCAUUUUAUUUAUAUCAUUUAAAUGACCGUCAAUUACAUCAAGAACUAACUGAAGAAGUACUUAAGAUGAUUGGAAAUUGUAUGGUAUGGAAAUUUAAAACUUGUGAAGAUAACAGACGUUUAUUAAAAAAUAAAGCACGUUUUGAUGGAAUGGUACAAGGAUUACAAGAUAAACAAGAAGCUGAUAAAGACUUUUUUGAAGAAGCUAUGGAUAAUUUAUUUUCUCCGAGUGAAAGAAUAUUACUUGAUUCUAUAGGUAGAUUGCUUCGAAAAUGUCAACUUAGUAUUAUGCGCUUAGAUGAAUGUUUAUUUUUAUUUUACAUCUAUAAGCAUUUUAAAGAAAUUAAUGAAUCUAAUAAAUAAAAAUUUUAUAAUA